AUACAGCACAUAUCUAUCUCUUUAGCAGUGGCGCCGCCACAAAUUUUGACUUUCACACCAACAUGUGCACAUUUCCACAGUCCACGCCGUGGGACUCGCCAAAUGCCAGCCGGAUUUGGAAGUCUCAAGAUGGGAGAAGUAUACCAUUGAUCAUAGCUGGUUUGUAUCCAAAAGUUACACAUCACUGUCCUAGCUAGGCUUGGUCGUUGUGGACCAUUCUUUCAGCCCAGACUAAUGCUGACAGCUUUUUAAAAUGUUAUCAUCAUCCAUAGGAAUCCAAUCAUGUGGGCUAAAACUGAUGUACAGUAACAGCAGCAGAAACAAUGACGGAAUCUCCGAAAGGGUCCUCGAUCGUAUCCAUGCAGUGAAUCUCAAUCAUGUAGUGGGUGUUACGGUUGCUGUUAUAGCUGUUGCUCCUGUGUUCUGUGCCCAGCACUUGUUCCCGUCUGAUGUUCCUGAAAUGCGCAGCUAUGGUGGGAACCCUCUGUGACAGGUCUUGGCAGAGUCUCUUCAUGCGGCGUUCAAGCAAGUCUGGUCUAUGACAAGGGAUCGACAUCAGGCACCAAGCAAUUACAAUGAUUCCUCCCCCUAUUGCGAGGUAGUACUUCGUUUCCUGGUCGUUUGUGUCAAGCCCCGAAACGAACGGAACAAUGAGGAAUGAUAUCCCGGUAAAAAGCAUGAUAAAGAAGAAACCAGAGAGAAAGGCUCGUGUAUAGCUCUUUCUUCUUUCUUCCUGUGCUAUCUCUGCAGCAUGAUCACAGAAUCUCUUCCAUGUGUUUGGCAGAAUGUGAGAGCGAAGUGCCAAGGGAACUGUCUCCCCUGAAAUGGGUUGGGCUUGACGGGGAUUGAACUGCAGGACCACCUCGGGUUCACCGCCCACAAUCAUGGCUGGUUCAAUACUUUCAAUACGCAAGGUGGCCUGGAGAAAUAAUAGAAUCGCACUGUAAGAGAAACAAAAAGUCUUCCUCUUACCUUUUGUUGUGGGCCAGCUACUAGCUUCCAAGCCACCGGUACAAGAAACACACGCCCAUGCAAGUGGCCGGGCAGAUACCUUUUUCGGACCCAUGAAAUCCCAAAGAAGAACGAUCUCGGCUCGGUCGCGUUUAGCAAAAAAUCUCUGCCCUCGUGAUAUGCUGGAGCGUUCAAAAUGUGGUACCGGUCCGGGAAAGGGUUUAGUUAAGUACAAUAGAUCUGCCAUGCAGUACGGUGCCGUUGUUAGUAUUGUGCUACUCUAGCUAGCUAGAGAAGCCUUCCAAGAUAAUCCAAUCGAGCGGUCUGCUAGCUAGUCUGGGCUGGGCUGAUCUUGAGCCCCAGAGCUCGAGGCACCGAAUAUGUAGCAACAAGCAAGGGUACCGGUACCAGUACCCAAGGCGAUGCAAGAUGAGAGGCAACAUUGACUUGGACCAGUGAACGGUACCGUAUGACCGUCAGCCGUGAAACUUGAAAGAUCCAAUUUGAAGCAGCAUGCUCAUUGUUACGGUACGGUUGAUGCAAGCUGAAUUCAUUCCAACAUCAACAUGACAAAGAAAAUGAAGUCUCUUCUCGCUAUCUCAUGGUCUCUAGUAGUUGUGAUUUUGUUGUCGGAAGGGUUUACUAUUAGAUCAUCAUCAGCAGCAGCAUCAGCUCUAAUAGAUGAGGAGGAGGACGACGAGGGGUAUCGCAAGCUGGUGGAGUGGGUGAUAUCUCAUGGAGGCCGCGUCGAUGAACGCAUGGCGAUUGGACAAGUGGAUGGUGGAAUUCGAGGCGUCAUAGCCUUGGGUGGUGACAUUGAAAACGGCACUGAAUUGAUGCAUUGUCCUUGGAAGUUGGUGAUUGGUAGUAGCAGUCUGCAGGAUCAAAUGGAGACGGAAGACGACAUGUGCAAUGUGGUCAAAAUCCUGGCCUCGGAAUUUCGGCUCGGCGACCAGAGUUUGGGCUGGCGCUACUUGAACCACAUUGAUGAGGAGCUGCCUCGGUUGGGAGCCAUGUGGGAUUCCGCAGCGGUGCAAGAACUACAGGGGCUACCACCCAGUCAUGAUCUUAAUCGCCAUAAUGAAUGGUUUUCCAAGAAUUGCGGCGGCGGAAAUGAGUUGGAAUUCGACAAGGCAACCAAACAAGCACUCGUUUCUUUUAUUAGUCGCGCGAGUGCCGUUGGUAUGAUCCCAAUUUACGAUCUUUUGAAUCAUCACAAUGGAUUGAAGAAUGCUAAACUCUUUACUACGGAAGAAGGGGUCGAUCUGCGGACAGUCCGGCGGGUCCAAAAGGGCGAGCAACUCUACCAGUCGUAUGGACUGAAGCCAUCGUCUCAAAUGUUCCGCGAUUAUGGAUUUGUAGAAUCUUGGCCCACGUUGUGGUCUUGGAAACACCCUACCGGUAGUUCUGGAGACAAUCACGUCUUUGCACUCUUUCCCGAUGGAAUUGCCGCCAUUUACCCCUCUGUGGAGUUUUUAAAGGAAAUAUGGGCAAGCUCCACCACCCGAUCCCAGCUGGAAUGGCAACAAAACGCUACCCAUUUUACACAAUCCGUCCCACGCGAUGCUUUGAUGCAAUUUACUACCGCCGCAAAGACUUUAUUGGAUGGUCUGCCGACUACCUGGGAGGAGGACAAGGAGAUUUUGAAACAAAAAGAGGCGGAACAAAGAAUAGCGACAACAAGCAGGAGGGCAGCAAACACCAAUGUCAAUCAUGAUGAGGACAAUAAUAGCAAUCAUAGCGACGAGUGGCUGCUGGCACUAGAGGAUGUCAUUGCAGCCAUUCAAUACCGCCUGGACUUUAAGAGAGCCGUGUCGGAUUCCUCUGAUUUUGCCGAAAUAACUAUCCAAGGAUUGGAGAAGACCAAUGAGUUAUAGUUCACCAUAAGCAAGUUUUGCAUUAGACUUGCUGUUGAACCAAUGUACCGUAUGAUAAACCAAGGGCAUUGAUGUAUGCGCUCGCAAUUGGUUUUCAAAUCUAAUGCGCCC